AUGUCGCUCAGCCCUCUCGGGGAGGCUCCAGUCGGGACGGAUCUAUCCGCCGAUCAUGGCUCAUUGGAAAAGGGCCCUGUAAUCGCAACCUACAUCCUUGCAGUGCUAGCUGUCGGGCUUCGGUUCUAUACGAGAUUGCGAGUGCAAGGUCAGCGAGUAGCUGCAGAUGAUUGGAUGAUCGUGGGUGCCUUGCUGGCCGUAACCUCCUGUUUCGCUCUGAUUCUGGUUGUUAGUGGCCAUCAUGGUCUCGGGAGGCAUAUAUGGAGUGUCCCUCCCGCUGAAGCCGUUGAAUUGAUGCGCGUUCUCUUCGCCUUCGUCGUGCUCUACGUGCUCACCAUUCCACUCGUCAAAUUAUCUGUUCUUCUCUUCUACCGCCGUAUCUUCGGCAUGACAUAUCCAAUCUGGUUCUGUGUGUUUCUGACAAUUGGAUAUUUUCUCUCUGGCACGAUCGCCUUUCUGGCUUGCUGCAGACCAGUUUCGUACUUCUGGACACAAUUUGAAGAACACAGUGGAGGAAAAUGCGUCUUCAACCUCUACCCAUUCUAUAUCAGCCAUGCUGCAAUAAAUGUGGCCACGGAUGGAAUCAUCCUGUUGGUUCCAAUCCCCAUUGUGUGGAAGCUGCAAAUGCGGUGGACGCAGAAACUCAUGCUAUCCGGCAUCUUUUUGGUUGGAGGAUUUGUCUUGAUUGCAAGUCUCAUCCGGGUUUAUUACAUCACCUUCCUCCGAACCUCCAACGAUUACACCUGGAUCAUGGGCAAGUUCUUCGUCUGGUCCAGCGUUGAGCCCUGCAUCGGCAUCUUAUGCGCCUGUCUUCCAACAUUGAAUCCGCUGCUCCGUCUCGUUAUUGCUCGCGUGUUUGGCACUAGUACAGGGAGCGAUGUCUUGAGCCGACAUGCCAAGGGCCAUAAUCAAGCCAAUGCAACGGCUGGUCCAUCGGAAGCGCCAAAUCGACAGUCAGCAGUAAUUGCGGGUGCCUCAUCAAUGAUCCCCGAAGCAGGAAAUGGUGCUACCAGCGCAGAAUCCGAGAUCCCAGUAUCUACCACUUCGCAAGAUGCGCCUCUUGCAUUGACCGGGCUCCCAUCGCCACUGGACUACCUAGCCGACAUUUCAGCCCACCAUGGCCGCACCGAGACAGACCUCGGCGUCAUGAUGAUUGAUGACCAGCAACAUUACUUCGGAUGGAAUGCGAGGACGCCGGCAGAUCAGAUGUCGCACCGAGCUGGCGUGGCCUUCGACCCUGGGCCAAAAGAUAUGCUACAAAUGUGGCUUGAACCUUGCACAGAUUCAGCGUCAAAUGACUCGCUAGAUUUGAUGGGCGAUAGCAGGUUCCCUCUGAUGGGUGAUAAUUCGAUGAUUACUCCAGACCAGCACAAUCGACGUUCAGUCGAUAGCAGUGAUAAGAUUCCAAAUGAACGCUUCGCUAGAGUCCAGCAGUGCUGGCUAGCACCACCGAACACUGGGCGUCUUAUCAACAGUUUAUGGCGGGAUAUUGCCAUGUCGCCUGUUGAUAAUAUCUUCUCCGUUCAGUCGUUGCACCUUCACAACGAGCCAAGUAUCAUUCAAGGCUCGCGGUGUGGAUUUGACGAGGAUUGCAGACAGCGACUGCAGGCAGCUUUUGGACCCAUGACUGUUUCUGCAUAUAUGGAAUCCCCCAUAAAUAGGAAUAUUCCUCUAGCCACGCCUACCUCGACCUUGAAUCAUCCUGGUUUUCCUCCCGCUGAGAUUUUUGAUAUGGCACUAGACUUAUUUUUCCGCCUGUUUAAUCCCCUUUUGCCGUUUGUCCAUCUACCGACCUUUUCGGCAAAGAAGGCUCGACCAUCUCUCCUAUAUGUUAUGACACUGGUGGGCAUGACAUUGCUUGGCACUAAAGGAACAACUGCGUUUGUAUCCAGAAAUUUCUCAAGCGCUUUGAACAAGGUAACAGCUGAAUUUUCUCGGUGCUCAAUGGGACUUGAGAGCGUUUCCGGCACUGUGACAUCAUUUGCGACGGUUCUGCUUUUGAUAAACCUGGCUGGUUUGACCGGGGAAAAGGCACAUCUGGAACAGUGCCAACCUCUUUAUAUCAACGUCAUAUCUGUUGCCCAAAGACAUGGGUUGUUUUCAGCCACCGAGGGGCAGGUCCUUGACAUGACUUUGUUUGAAACAUUUCCCGAUAUUGACAUGAGGUGGAAGGCCUGGAGCAAGGUCGAAUCGACCAAAAGAAUAAUCAUUGGACUAUUGCUCCUGGACUCUUGGUACUCCUCGUUCCUCUCAACUGGUCCAAUCGUACUCCCAGACUCGAUCCAACUCAUUCUCCCCUGCAACGAGUCUCUCUUCUCCGCUCACUCCUCCGUCCAAUGGACACAUCUCAUCCGCGGCGGCAAGCGCAUUCUCUCAUCAACAAUCCUUGCUCCAUCCGAAAAACAUCAACCAAUAGUUCAACUCCGCCAGUCAGAAUCCUACCACCGCCUCCUCUCCAAUAGAGCCAGCUACCCCUUUGCCCCAUGCCACACCUUCGCCAUGGACGGCCGAGCCAGGUGUCUCCCCUCCCUCCAAUCCCAGAUCAUCACGAACUAUGGCGAAACCCUCCAUCGCCUAAACCCCAACGCUCUCAUUACGUGGCACAACAUGUGCAUGACUCUCACGGCCGAUAUCCAAAUAUUUGACCUUGCAGCUGGCCGUGCAGGCCCGGCUCCUGCGUGCAAAGCCCUCGACAAUAUCCGCGAGUGGUCACAGACACCUGCCGCCAGACGCGCGUGUCUUCACGCUGCGCAUAUCUACAAAGUCAUGGCAAAUCGCAAAGCUUCUGACCACCCCACAUUCCAAUCUAUGUUUUCGGUUUUCUCGGCCGGGUUAGUGCUCGGCCUGUAUACUUUCAUGGUGCCGGACUCCGCGAGUUCGCCGACUAGUCUCGGGUCCGUGGAGUUAAUGGAUGAUGUCGACUGGAGAUCGGUUGGGACGGAGGGGUUUACAAGUUUCAUGGAGCCUAGAGGAAGUCAGACUUUCGCGCCGACGGAUGAUCCAGCUGUUAAUUUCAUUCGCAAUGGGGCUACUAUCUACUUGCGAGGACUGCCGUUCCACGGUGGAUAUCAGUCUGCGCGUCGAAUCCUGCUUGAUUAUGCCUCUCUUCUCAAGGACUCUGGGAAAUGGAGUGUCAAGAAAUUCUCUUAUAUUUUGUACAUAAUGAGUGAUGUUCUUAUGGAUGUGGAGUGA